AUGUCUGCAUUCAACCUGCUGCAUUUGGUGACAAAGAGCCAGCCAGUGGCCCUGCGAGCCUGUGGGCUUCCCUCAGCUUUCCGUAACGUGUAUCGCCAAAGAUGUACUAUUUCAGAUGUCUCUUCACGUGGUCUGAAAGAAAAUAAAAGGUCAUGUAGGGAUAAAAAGGACUGUAAGGUGGUCUUUUCCCAGGAGGAGCUGAGGAAGCGGCUGACACCCUUGCAGUACCAUGUCACUCAGGAGAAGGGGACUGAAAGUGCCUUUGAGGGGGAGUACACACAUCAUAAAGCUCAAGGAAUAUACAAAUGUGUUGUUUGUGGGACUCCUUUAUUCAA